UCGUUGGGCUAGUGACUCAUUCUAACUUUUCAUAUUCUUUAUCUCAAAGAUCAUUCAACAAUCUUGACACGUAAGGAUUGAGCCCAAAACGAAGGUGUCUUCUCGGUGAGCCUGGUUGUUGCUGUUUACUACAUAUGGAUGGAAAGGAACCUUAGAGUUCAUACAAACUAGGCGAGGGACUGUCUCUCUGUGUUGGAGACCAUUCUACACACCAUAAGGGAUAAAGUGUCUUUGAGAUUCAAGAAUACAUCUCACAAUCAAAGCCUUGCCCAGAAAUGAUUUCUUCCCAGUUGCUGCUUUAUAUGAGAGUCCCUUUUUGUAAAUAGCUUUGAUCUGGGUUAUACUUUUUGUAUAUUUUGGAUGUUGCUUAUCUACUCAGUUUGGGUACUCACCAAGAUAGAGCAUCCUCCACAUAUUAGAUUUGUUUAUGAGGGAUCUACUUGUCCCUUGUUUUGCGUAGGCCUCUUCAAUUUCUGCACAACCCUCAUUUUCCACCCAGAAUUCCAGGAAAAGAGUUUCCAGGAAAAUUUUAUCUGUCAUGGCACCACAACAAUUUGGACGCAAGCUUAAUUUCCACCACUGGCUCAGUUGGGUUUUUUUUCUAAUUUUUUUUUUCAUUUCUUGUUUUCAGGUUAAAAUUAUUUGGAAAAUGGUUUGAUAAUUUGGUGAACUUUAAUGGUGGGUUUGUGACUAAUCUUGAUUAUUAGGUCAAGAAAACGAUGAUGAUGCCAGAGAAGAUCUUCGCCAGGGCUUUUGAGAAGCCCCAAUUGAACCCCGGUGAGAAUGUCUGGGUCAAUGUUGAUGUUUUAAUGACCCAUGAUGUUUGUGGACCUGGUUCUUCAUUUGUGGCUUCUGUGCUCACAAGCAGUGGAAAAAUUUUGGUUGCCGAAGCAACAACAGUGGCCAUGGCAAUCUGCAUUGAUCACCAUAGCAGCAAUGAUGUGUCUUAUAUCUCUUCUAGGUCUUG